UUUGAAGGUCAUUUUUACUUAAAUUCCUUCUGCAGGAGACACCCUUUGCAUUGUUUUGCUCAUAAAUGCUCCUAGUGAUUUGCUGAGCAGUCAUCUCAAAGAAGGACGUGCAUAAUGGAGAAGCCAAAUUCUACAUCUGUGGACCUACCACCAGUAUACAGUUCCCCUCCUAAAAGUAAUACGUUGGAUAAGAAAUGGAUAUUGGGUGCUGUGUUUCUGGUGGUCAUGACGAUUGUCAUAGCAGCAGCAUCCUUAAUUGGAACUCAUUUAAAUAAUCAGUAUAGUUUAAAGUCAACAGAACUCUUUCACCAGACACAACAUUAUUCAGACGGAGCGGAAAACAUAGCCGCCUUCUUUAUUAAUGUCACCAAUAACACUGCAACCGUGCUGUUCGAUUACAAGCGGGACUUAAUUGCAUUUAAACAGUCAAACAUGGACCACUGCUUUGUCAUGAAUAUGAAUAAAAACCAUGUGCCGAGCUUGGAUGAUGUCAUAAAUGGAAUGCACUAUUUUGAGCAAAAUGAUGGAAAGAUUGACAACGCUGAAUCCUACAAUUUUGUGGAUAUUAAAAAGUCAAACUAUACACAGCUUGGGACCAGCAUAAACCUUCUAUGCAAUGAUCGACCUGUUUAUUGGGGAAGUAUGGGCCAAUAAAACAGGGCUAUCAAAAUCAGGUUCAUGGUGCUUGGUGGAGAAGAAUUCUACUAAAACUUGAUAUUUUCGAAGCUUUUUGUUAUUCAGAAUGAUAUGCUGAAAUAAAUAUUCAGUUGUAAACAGUCAUAUAAGAUUUAACUUCUAUUUGAUUAAACUAUACUGGAUUAAUAAAGCACUUUGUAUAAUUUGUAAUGAA